AUGGGUUCGCCAACGGUUGCGACGAGUUCUGCUAAAGAGCGUCAACAUAAAUUCGAUGAGCUAGUGAAUGCUCUCCUAUCUGACCCGCCGUCAAAGUUCGACCCGUUUCGUAUAUACCGCAGUCACUAUACAUCCGACGAUAUUGAUAUAGAGGUUGAUGUACUCCUCCCAAAGUCGAUGAAGACCCAAGGCGCAAGGCCUCUGAUUGUAAGAAUUCAUGGAGGGUUUCUGGUCACAGGCUCGAGCCUUUUCCCCGCUUGGUUCACCACGUGGAUUUUGGACUACGCUGAAUUUCACGAUGCCGUGAUUGUCAGUCCCGAUUAUCAUUUGCUUCCAGAAGCGAAGGGAGUUGACAUAUUGCAAGACCUCAGUAACUUUUGGUCAUGGCUCAGCAGCGGUGGUGUCGAGCAUUCGCUGGCAAGCGUCGGCUUGAGCAACAUCAAGCUUGAUCUUGAUCAGUUGCUGGUUGUAGGCGAAAGCGCCGGUGGAUAUCUUGCCCUGCAAUCGGUUCUCCACGGUUUCGCUAAUCCCCGUGGUAUGAUCUUGGCGUAUCCUAUGAUCGAUCUUGAAUCGCCGUAUUACACCAGGAGAUUCAACAAGCCAAUCGUCGGGGUUCCAAACUUCCCGGAUGAGGUCAUUCACGAGUUUCUGACUUCUCCAUUGUCUGGAAGCAGGAAACUUUUGACAGCAGCUGACCCCCCAACACGACUCGACUUGGCCAUGGCAAUUGUGCAAAAUGGAAGGUUUCUUGAGUUCUUAGGCACAGAGAACGAAUUAUUUCCUCUCCGGCUGUUGACCACAAACGGACGCAGAGACCGACCCAUCCUCCCGCAAUGCUUCAUCUUGCAUGGUGAAGAGGACUCCGCAGUACCCGUUGAGGGGACAAGGAAAUUUGUGGCACGUCUGAAGACAGUAGACCCAUCAUCUCAUGUGCAUUUGGCAAUUCGGCCUGGGGAUCACGGUUUUGACUCAAGCGCGAAACUUGGUGAUGAGUGGUUGGCAAAGGGCCUUCAAGGUGUGACGGACGCUUGGCUCAACUAG